CCUCGACCUCCAUCCACUCCACUCGGCAAGACGGGGAGUUUUCCAAGUCUCCCUAGCUCAUGAUUUUACAGUACUGUACAUGAUGAGGUGUCUUGGUUUGCAGGCAGAUGCCGUGUAACUUGGGGUAUGCAACUCCUUAAACAACAUGACGGCCUCAUUAGAUUGGAACAAUGAAGAGAAGAAUCUCUGUGGAAAGAUCCGACAAACAGGCCUUACCAACUCUUAUACCUAUAAACUUUACUCAGGUACCAAAACAGCUUCUUCCCUACAGAAAGACAGAUAAGCGUGCGAACGGCGAAAAAGCUUGAGAAGAUCAAGUAAGUUAAUUAUCCGUAUUUCCACUGUCACUCGACUUUGCCCGAAACUCUCCAUUUGAAAUCUUUGUGGAAAGCUUUGCCUACUUCCCCGGGUGACAUGUAACUUGAGAAGAUGCAGAUCGAGGUGUCCUCUCCACUAUGAUUCCUUUUCAUCUUCGGCUGAGAUGCUGAGGCUUGACCAGGGUCUAGGUCUAGGUCCAGUCCCAGUUCCGUCUUAGCGGGCCAUUAUGAACCUUAACAAGACCUUUCAUCCACUGUUACAACAAAGGAAAUCUCACAAUUGAGUUUUUAGAAGUGGCGAUGAGGACCCUAACAUUAAUCACUUCCCAACGGUGCCCUCCCCCAAAACUCGAGUUGACGCCUCUCUCAGAUUUGGAAUCAGAUGCUUCCUCAUGCAAAUGGAAAAGAAUUGGGCUGCUUCCGUGCCGUGCCUCCAGAAGCGCCCAGGCGCCAUCGGGCAGCCCCAGCACCCCCCACCACGUUGCCGCUUGCAUUUCGUAUGGGGUGAUGGGCCUUUAAGGAGACAUGAUGCACACGCCAACACCGAGACCGUUUUGUUUUGCUGGCAUGAUCUGAAAUCAUCAUACAACGUUGGUAAUUUCCACCUCAAUCUCGCAUUAUCGUUUCCUUCACGGGUCUACCCGUCGCCUAUUCAUUAGCUUUUACAGUAUUGGAGCCUCCGCCACCUGCAUCAUCUCUUCUAAAUCACUUCUGUUUGCUGUUUCUUCUGGAAGUGGUAUCUUAUUAUUGAUUGCUUUGCAAGUGCAGAGAGCUGUUCCAGACCGCUCACUCAACCUCACAUGUGAGCCUGCCCAGGGAGUCUGGUCCAAGCGUGUGUUACUCAGGUCUUGUUCAGGAUUGCAUAUUGCAGGCUGAAAUAUAGAGCAUAUAGCAUGAUCCGACUCGUGUUAUCAGGGGCGAUUGGUAAUUAACAAAUGACUCCAUUCCCCGUCGUACCACAUCCCCCAGGGCAUUAUCCCAAGAUUUCCCGCAUCUGUGACUCCCAAGGUUUCCCUAGCUCUCUGAUCGAAGGGUUCGAUGAGUAUCUAGUGAUAUUCCACCUACCCGACAACAGUGCUCAAAAUGCUUUUCUAUGAGAUCGCUUCUUUGGUGAUAUUGUUCUUUCAUUCGUGAUAUAUAAACAUGGCUUGUUUCUGGUAGUCUUUCGCGCCUUUCUUUCACAGUACGGGUAUCGUUCUUAGCUAUAGCCGAAACAUCGCCUCUAUCAUCGAGAUUUGCAUCCUCGACUUUUCGAUCCCAUAACACCGUAUCCCAUUAUUUUUAGUCGGGCCCGUCCUUUAAAUUGGCUUGAUCUUGAAGUGCAGAGCGAUCAAGCUGAAAACUAGAGCCUUGAGAUCCUGAACAAGGUAGUAGAACACUCGCAGACCUUCUGGGUCAGCAGACUCUGUGACGUCCACCAGGGAUCCAAUCUUGGCGGUCUACUGUGCUGUUAGUAGUGUUCCGAAAUACGGUGUCUCAAUGACCGACCUCGAACGCGAUAUGAUCAUUACCAAUCCGAAUCUCCAAUUCCUGGCGUCCAUCUUUAUUCUUCUGAGGCCAUUUCGAAUCAUCUUCUCUACAUUGGGUUAGCGAUGCUCAGGCAAGGCCACUGAAUAUUCGGUUCGUCGUACUUGGUGAUCUCGCUCGUCUUGAUGAUGCGCUUGAUUUCGUCGACAACUACCGAGCUGACACACACUAUGACUUAUCAGAGAUGCUGAUUCCGCGGGGUUAAUCGCAUUCCUUACUCUCUUUUCGGAUCAAACUAUCGUUUCGGUAGUUGGAGUUGUUGGCAUAUCGGGCCACCGCGCUGCGACCAUCGCCGACGACUCGAAAAUCGAAUUCUGAGCGCGCGACACGUUAGAAUAACUUAGAACAGUAUAGAGACACCGCACAAGUAUUCGUACCAAGGAAUUCGUGACCGAAACGACCCAUAUGGCCAGAGCUGUUUGGAGGAACGUCAUUAGCAUCGUUUCGCGACCAUCAAUUAGACGGGGAAGCUAGAAGACGCCGUGAUGAUAGACUGACUAGUAUCGCAAGUAGAAUGGUUCGUUCGAGGACGUCAUUUUUGCUGCUGUGGGAAGGCGGCAAGACUGACUGGUGGUAUUAUUCAAGUCAAGAUUUAUCAACUAUCACACUUGAGAUCGCAAGGCUGAGAAAGAAUCGCGGGACCUGGUGGUCGAAGAUGGGUGCACGGACCAUAUUCGGCGGGGCAGAACAGCUUUACGACCGGUGUAAGACCUUCACCGUCGGUAGCCAACUACGCGGCUUUGGAAGUACAUCAGCUGUCAACCCAAAGCUUAGCUAUCAACAAGGCAAGGCAACUACACCAGAUAUAAGAGCGGUCUACUUAUGUUGAAUUGAGUCAUAAAUCAUCGUUGAAAAGCACCUGACGGUUUCUUUUUUUAGAACUACACCUCUCAAUGUUCUGUUAAGGAUAUAGAAAUCAGCAUUGAAUGGUAGCCUCAAAGUACCAAACUACCCCUUGUUAAAUCACGUGAUAUCGUCCCUCACAUUAAGUCGCUUAGUGCCACCUGUUCGACAUCGCUGGCAGGACAGAUCUUCUUGAAGUUGAUGCCGUCCAGAGCUGGUCUAAAUUACCAUAGGGGAUUCUGGUAAAAGCUGUUAGCGAUUGCGCGCCAGAUACGAUUCAACGAAUGGCCAAGGCGGAUUCUGCUACUCAUCCCGACAAUUAAAGCUCUAAAGCAGCUCGAACCCCUGAGCUGAGCCUCCCCACCGCCGAAGUCCAUACCACCUAUACCUCCAAUCCACCUCCAAACGUCCCCCUAAGAGCCACGUCCCAUCUACAACAAACACUCCCACCAACUUUCUCGGCCAGCAACUGGCGACACUCUUCAAGAUGUCUGGCUUUCUUGAGAAUGCGUACAGUCUCGUUCACCAGGACAAUGCGGCCGACGUCCCCACCGUUUCCGAUCUGCGCAUGCAGCUGGAGAAGGGUACCGAUGAGACCAAGGUCGAGACUAUGAAGCGCAUCUUGACCAUCAUGCUCAAUGGCGAUCCUAUGCCCAGUCUUCUAAUGCACAUUAUCCGUUUCGUCAUGCCUUCAAAGUAUAAGCCUCUCAAGAAGCUUCUUUACUUCUACUACGAAAUCUGCCCCAAGCUUGACAGCAGCGGCAAGCUCAAGCAGGAGAUGAUUCUGGUUUGUAACGGUAUCCGAAACGAUCUUCAACAUCCCAACGAAUACAUUCGAGGAAACACCCUGCGCUUCCUUUGCAAGUUGAGGGAAGCUGAGCUCAUUGAGCCUCUCCUCUCUUCAGCACGAUCCUGUCUCGAACACCGACAUGCCUACGUCCGAAAAAACGCCGUUUUUGCCAUCGCCUCCAUUUUCUUGCACUCGCCUUCCCUGAUUCCAGAUGCCUCCGAACUCAUUUCGACUUUCCUCGAGGGAGAGAGUGACGGUGUUUGCCGAAGGAAUGGUUUUGCCGCUCUUGUUAGCAUUGACCACGAUGCUGCCCUCGUUUACCUCAGUUCCGUUUUUGAAGGCAUUCCCAAUGCAGAGGAGCUUCUUCAGCUUGUCGAACUCGAGUUCAUUCGCAAGGAUGCGGUUCAGAACUCCCAGAACAAGGCACGAUAUCUGCGAUUGAUCUUCGACCUGCUAGAAGCUGGCGCUUCAACUGUCGUAUACGAAGCUGCCUCAUCUCUUACUGCUUUAACCAAUAACCCUGUUGCGGUCAAGGCCGCCGCCGCCAAGUUCAUUGAGCUGAGCAUCAAGGAGGCAGAUAACAAUGUCAAGCUGAUCGUGCUUGAUCGAGUUGAUCAAUUGCGCAAGAAGAACGAGGGUGUCCUUGAUGACCUGACCAUGGAGAUUCUCCGAGUUCUGUCCAGUACCGAUAUCGACGUCCGACGAAAGGCUCUUGGUCUUGCCCUUGAGAUGGUAUCCAGCAAGAAUGUUGAAGAGGUUGUUCUCUUGCUCAAGAAGGAACUCUCCAAGACAGUCGACCAAGAAUACGAGAAGAACACCGAGUACCGAUCUCUCCUUAUCCACUCUAUUCACCAAUGCGCUAUCAAGUUUUCCGAGGUCGCAGCGAGCGUCGUGGAGCUGCUUAUGGAUUUUAUUGCCGACUUCAACAACGCUUCCGCUGUCGAUGUUAUCAACUUUGUCAAGGAAGUUGUCGAAAAGUUCCCCAAUCUGCGUACCACCAUCAUUGAGCGGCUUGUCUCCACCCUGGGUGAGGUCCGAGCUGGCAAGGUGUACCGUGGCAUCAUGUGGAUCAUUGGUGAGUACUCUCUUGAAGAGAAGGACAUUCGAGAGGCUUGGAAGAGGAUACGUGCUAGUCUUGGCGAGAUGCCCAUUCUCGCAUCGGAGCAACGGCUACUGGAUUCUCAUGACACCGAGGAGCAGACCGACGAUCACAUCAACGGAGCAUCGAAGCCGGCCGCGCCAUCUGGUUCACGCAAGGUCCUGGCUGAUGGCACAUAUGCUACCGAGACUGCUCUUACCAGCCAGUCUUCAGCAGCUGCUAAGUUAGAGGCCGUCAAGACUGCUCAGAAGCCUCCUCUGCGCCAACUCAUUCUUGACGGAGACUACUAUCUGGCCACUGUUCUGUCAUCUACUCUCGUCAAGCUUGUGAUGCGACAUCAUGAGAUUUCCUCGGAUAAGGCUCGAACUAACGCCCUCCGGGCUGAGGCCAUGCUGAUUAUGAUUUCUAUCAUCCGAGUUGGACAAUCUCAAUUUGUCAAGGCUCCCAUCGAUGAGGACUCUGUGGACCGAAUCAUGUCAUGUGUACGCUCAUUGGCUGAGUUUGAGCAGAAGAAGGAGCUUGAGGCCGUUUGGUUGGAUGAUACCCGCAAGGCCUUCCGAGCCAUGGUCCAGGUGGAGGAGAAGAAGCGAGCCGCCAAGGAAGCUUUCGAGAAGGCCAAGACUGCUGUGCAGGUUGACGAUGCUGUCCAAAUUCGACAACUAGCCAAGAAGAACACCACCGAAGGCCUCGAUGAGAUCGAGGUGGAUCUGGAGAGGGCGACUGGUGGAGAGGGCACCGCCGAAGACCUGUCUUCCAAGCUGAGCCGUGUGGUUCAGUUGACCGGAUUCUCGGACCCCGUGUAUGCUGAAGCAUAUGUCAAGGUUCAUCAGUUCGAUAUCGUUCUCGAUGUUCUUCUUGUCAACCAGACAACAGAGACUCUUCAAAACCUCUCAGUCGAGUUCGCCACGCUUGGUGACCUGAAGGUCGUUGAGCGACCUACUACACAGAACCUGGGUCCUCAUGACUUCCACAACGUGCAAUGCACAAUCAAGGUCUCAUCAACAGACACUGGUGUCAUCUUUGGUAACGUCGUAUAUGAUGGUGCUCACUCUACUGAUACCAAUGUCGUUAUUCUUAACGACUUACACGUCGAUAUCAUGGAUUACAUUCAGCCCGCCACUUGCACCGAGACCCAAUUCCGCACUAUGUGGACUGAAUUCGAGUGGGAGAACAAGGUCAACAUCAACUCCAAGGCCAAGUCGCUACGUGACUUCCUCGACCAGCUUAUGGCCUGCACAAAUAUGAACUGCCUGACACCAGAGGCCAGUCUCAAGGGUGACUGUCAAUUCUUGAGUGCCAACCUUUACGCUAGGAGUGUGUUUGGUGAGGAUGCUCUUGCUAAUUUGAGCAUUGAGAAGGAGGGCGAAGAUGGACCCAUCACUGGUUUCGUCAGAAUAAGAAGUCGAUCACAAGGCUUGGCACUGAGCUUAGGCUCUUUGAAGGGACUUAACAAGAUCGGGUCCACGGCUUAGGUCAGCUGAUAUACGUACAAACACCUGGAUCUAAUUACAUGAGAAGGGUUGUCUCAGCAUUGCAAGAUUCAUGACGAUGGUUGGAGCGGAGUCAGGGUCGGAGCAUGUUAAUGGGUGUUUUCCCACCAAAAGGCUGUGCGAUGGGUCCCUGGUAGAGUUCAUUGUAAGCAGGUUUAGGUAGACGUUGAUUACAAAGGCACAUGGUUUCACAUAGGGUCACAGUCAGAGCCAGUGGCUAUCACGAAUUGUGGUUGAAUAGCUCGGCUUUCUCGUUCAGAACAGGGAAAAGUGAUAUUAGCGAGGGCCUUGCCAAACUUUUGUUGGAUGCCUUGUUGGGCUCAUAUACAUAUGUAUUGUAAGAGCAACAGCUGGUUAAUAGUAUCCAAAAUCAAUCUCGACACAAGGGGAUAUGCGAGGAAUAUAAGUGAUGGGGAAAUAAUCGCUAGACCAGCACCCACCAACUCCAAAAGACACAGACAGAUGUGGUAAAAGCAGGAAAAACGAUAUAGGGUAUUGUCCAAAAGUGGCCGAACGCAGCGGAUCAAUAAAAGGCAAAGCUGCCAUUGGGAUAAGUUGAUGAUGAGGGUGAAGUGUUUGGCUGAGACAAAUGUUCAGGGACCAGGUUGCCUCAUGUCUGGCGCUGGGAGGAUAGCGGUAGGGCACAAUCAAAUGUCAAAGACAAGGGCAUUGACGACAUGACCAGUCUGCCAGUUUUGUGCCGUGAGAGAUAGGUUGUCCUUAAGAAUCUUACCCAUGUAUGCUAUCCUGAUCUUCUUGGUCGACGCAAGCUGGGUGUUGUUAGCAUUCUGUUUGCUCGCCAGAGAAUAAGCAAG